UUUUAUAACAUUCUAAAUCAACCCCCAAGAAUACUUGUUUCACUCGGAAGAGAUAUCUAUAUCUUUAGCUUUUUUUUGAUGGCUCAACUAUUGCAACAAUUAGCCAUACUUCAUCACUAGUCACGUGUUAUGACUGAAUAGAAUUGGAACCACACUAGCAACGCGACCCAGCCUCUGAUUGCUGCAAAUGGCAAUGCGUUAUCGAAACAGCCAACCGCUGUCCAUACAUAACAUUCACGGAAGGACUAUUUGACUGCCCAUAUAUCAGCUCCUACUACAACUGGACUCUGAAGUAGGAAUACGGAAAAAGGAAGGCGUGCACUUACCAAUUGAUUUGUGAUGUACGGAGGUGGCUCUUGUUCAAAGGGAUAUGUGAGAAAAGACCCCGACUAUAUCUUCAUCAACAACUCUUCAUCACGACCCCAACAUGACUAGUCAAGAUUUACCGUCACGUCAAAAGAGUCAACGACUCAUCAACAGGAUCAAGAGCAGCCAGCAACACCAGCAGUUCCAGCAGUACAAACAACGGGCGAAGAACAUCAAUAAUGUAAAUGAGCUAUUACCGGGGUUGAAUGAUAUAAGUGAUGCUAUUGAAGCAUUACCAAUGGAUUUGAUUAAGUAUUUUACUUUACUAAAGGAAAUCGAUGCCAAAUGCAUCAACACGGUUCCGGUGAUUAAUCAUCAAAUCAAGAGUUAUAUUGAAAAUUUACAUCCCAAACCAAUUAACUCAUUAGAAGAAAAUCAAGAAACAAACCAGGAAGAAUUUACACCAAUGAAUAAUUCUAAUAAAUUUAAAAGAUUAACCAAUAUUAGAAACAAAAUACACGAAGUGAUACCAUGUUUAGAAGAGAAAAUGCAUGUUACAUCAGUAGCCACUGAUUUAUUACAUAAACAUUUAUAUCGAAUUAAUAACGAUUAUAAAUUAAUCAUCAAUAAUAAUGAGAUUCCCGAAUCCAUUCGAAUUGGACCUUUGAAUCAUCCUGCGAUGAUUAUGGAUUCUUCUAAUACCUUAGAUCAUUCAAAUCCAAAUCGUUCAGCACAAUCUCAAAGAAGUGAAAGUAGAAGAGAAGCAUUGGCUGCAAGAAAACAAAAUAAAGAUGAUGAUGAAGAAUUCUUAGAUAAACUGUCGAAAAAAAUCAAAAACAAAGAAUCAACUCCCGAAGUUAAAGGUAAGAAAAGAACAAGAAAAGAAUUACCUAUCCAAUCGGUACAAGAAGGCCUAGCCAUAGCGCAUGCGCACUCCGAACCUCCUGCUAAAAAGAGGGCUACAUCUAAGCCUAAAAGAGAAAUCGAUCCUGAACAACCUACAAAACCAGCAGGUCCAAUUCCAACCAACACUGGCGGUAAUGGGGAACCCACCUAUUGUUACUGUAACCAGGUUUCUUUUGGAGAAAUGGUUGGAUGUGAUGGAGAUGAUUGUAAGCGAGAAUGGUUUCACUUACCUUGUAUUGGGUUUAAAAAUCCCCCCAAGGGUAAAUGGUACUGCGACGACUGUUUAAACAAAUCAAGAAAAGUUAAGAAGUUUUAA